AUGCCUCGGGGCCAAAAGAGUAAGCUCCGUGCCCGUAAGAAACGCUGCCAGGCCCAUGUUGAGAGCCAGGGCCUUGGGGAUACUCAGGCCACUACAGGAGAGGUCAAUAAGUCCCCCUCUUCUGUUUCUGGGGAUGCUCCCUCGAGCUCCCCUGCUGCUGGCGCUUCCCAGAAGCCUCAGGGAUCCCAAGCCACUAGCUCUUCUGCUGCACGUGGUUCACGCCGCAGAUCUAAUGCAGGUGCCAAGAGCCGGGUUGACGGAGGUGAACAUUCCUCCCAGGCCUCAACUUCCCCUGAGAGCGCUCGCAAUGAUCUUCUAACCAGGAAGGUGGGAAUAUUGAUGCAGUUCAUGCUAGAAAGGUAUGCAAUGAAGGCACCCAUUAUAAGGGCAAAGAUGCUGAAGAUCAUCAACAAAAGGUACAAGGAAGAUUUCCCUGAGAUCUUCGGGAAAGCCUCUGAGCACCUGGAGCUAGUCUUUGGCCUAGAAUUAAAGGAAAUCAAGCCUGGUGGUCACUCCUAUACCCUCGUGAGCAGCCUAGACAUCACCAGUGAUGGCGAUGUGAGCAAUGGCUGGGGUCCUCCUAAGAAUGGUCUUCUUAUGCCUCUUCUGAGUGUGAUCUUCCUGAGUGGCAACCGAGCCUCUGAAGAGGAUAUCUGGGAAUUCAUGAAUAUCUUGGGCGUCUAUGAAGGAAGGAAGCACGUAGUCUUUGGGGAGCCCAGGAAGCUCAUCACCCAAGAUUUGGUGCAGGAAAAGUACCUGGAAUACCGCCAGGUGUCCGGUAGUGAUCCUCCACGCUACGAGUUCCUGUGGGGCCCAAGAGCCCAUGCCGAGACCAGCAAGAUGAAAGUCCUAGAGUUUUUGGCGAAGGUCCAUGAUACCGUCCCCAGUGCCUUCCCAUUCCAUUAUGAAGAGGCUCUGCGAGAUGAGGAAGAGCGAGCCCAGGCCAGAGCCACGGCUAAGGCUGCCUCUGCUACCAAGGCCAGUGCACAUUCCAGGGCCGCAUCGAGCUGCUCCACUCCUCCCUAG